UAACCUGGUCACAGCUGAUGGGAAGAAGAAGGACCUUAAAACAGCAGAACCGCAAGACUCGCCACUGGGGUGGAGAUUCCCCUUCCAGCAGGACAAGAACCUAUACAGCCAGAGCUACAAGGCACGGGCUUAGAUCAACAUAUUUUCAUCUGUUGGAAUGGUCCAGUCAAAGUCUACAACUGAACACAACUGACAAGUAUUGACUCGGGAUGGCUGAAUAUUAUAUCUUCUAUUUAUUUGGGGGUAUCAGAGUACAGGGGCUGAAUAAAAUGUUCAGAUUUCUUCUCUAUUGUACACUUAUGGACCACUUUUUGCUGGUCUAACAUUCAGUAACAUCAAAAUAAAAAUACAUUUUAGUUUGUGGUUGUAAUGUGACACCAUGAGGAAGCAUUUAGGGAGUGAGUACAUCUGCGAGGCACAGAAACUGGAAAUAAAAAAUACAUAUCAGGCCUGAAGACUAAUGAAAGGAUUUAAUUAGGCAACGUUUCAUACAGUAAAGGGAUUAAAUAGUUGUUCAAUUAAUUCUAUUACAGUUUUUCAGACACAUGAUCAGAUCACACAAGUAUACGUUUUUGAAUUCUGUAAAACAAGGUUGUUUAUUUAGCGAUUGAUAUAUAUGAGGAAUAAAGUUACAUUUAGUGUCACUUUGAAACUUUAUUCUGUGAUUCUGUUGGAAACAUUUGGGUUAAACAUCUGACACUGGUAGAUAGCAUCCAAUCAACAGUCCAUUACUGCUUGUGAUGCAUGCAAACCUGUCAUAGACUUUCUCCUUUACCUGACUGUAGCAUAACUAGAAAUAAAUAAAUAUGAAACAAUGCUUCGCCUGAUGUGUUGUUUCUGUAAAUGUGGAAAAUCAUAAGCUAAGGCAUAAAAUGCAGCAUGUUUAUGAAGUGGUUAAAGUUAUAAACCAUCAUGGGGAGCUUUAAUCCUUAGCUGAUUCAUGGCAGGAGGCGCAGGUUCAGGCAGGAAUCGGGAAGCGCGCAUGUUGCCAGUCUUGCUCGUUCACGACGACACAAACAUUAGACCACCGCAGGACACAGACCAUCGCCCACCUGUGCAAACCCCACCUGCUGAGCCCCAGGGUCCCCUGGAUGAUGGCGGAUGGAGAAGUGUUCGCAGCUGAGGAUCGGGUUAUGGACGCCGGCCCCACGCUGUGCGACUACCGGCGGCCGACGCGGCUGUACUGCAUGAACGGCGGAUACCACCUCCAGAUCCUGCCCGAUGGGACGGUGCAGGGCCAGAGGGAUGAGCAGGACGUUCACGCGGUGUUAAAGCUCCGAGCUGUGGACAGAGGCGUCGUCGUAAUCCAGGGAACAGCAGCAGAGCGAUAUCUGGCCAUGAGCGCUGAAGGCCGCCUGUACGCCUCAUCCACAUUAACCGACGAGUGCCACUUUCUGGAGAAACUGGAGGAGAACCACUACAACACAUAUCAGUCUCAGAAAUACCAGGACAACAGCUGGUACGUCGGCCUAAAGAAGAACGGCAGAACUAAGGUGGGCCCAAGAACCCACAUCGGACAGAAGGCCGUCUUCUUCAUCCCCAGACAGCUGGAUGACAGCAUCUGAAUCAUGAACCUCUUCAUUUAGGGGAUGUGAUGAAGAGGAGGUGAAGCAAAACAUCUGCAUCUUUCACCUUUUGUGUCGACUAACAGAUCUGAGCAACUUUUACUUAGUAGCUGUUUAACAUACAGGUAAUUAAAAACAAAAUCAUGUUUCCCCCCCCAAAAUUUGAAUAUCAGAUAAGACUAAUAAAAAAGGAUUUUAUUCAGAAAUAUUGUUUUCUGGCCUACGUAGUCGAAGAGGGACCUCAUCGACAUCUUCCACAAGAAGAGGAAACCAUAAAACAUUAUUGCCAAAGAAGUAAGUUGUUUAGAGUACUGUAUCCAGACAUUUAAAUGGGAAGUUGAGUGGAAGGAAAAUGUGUGGGAGGAAAAAAAACAAAUAACCAAAACCUGCAGGAGAACUGGCAACCACUGCCCUCUCAAGAGUCUAGGGAAGAUUCACAAGAUGUGAAGUGUACAUGGAGCAUCAACAGCCUCCACCCAGACAGAUUCAAGACAAUGGGCUACAACUGUUUCGGUCCUUCGGUUCAGAACCAGAACCCACACUAGAAGCUUUAUUCCAGGGCUUAGGUAAUAAAGACUGUACUGUUAUUCAGUGGUUCAAAGUCCUCUUUUUAGAUGAAAAACUUCAUUUCGUUCAUUUCCCUGCCAAUACCUGUUCCAAUGACCAUGGUGUUACCGUGCUUGAUUGGCCAGUGAACUGACCUGACCUCCAUAGAGAAUCUAUGGGGUAUAGUCGAGAGUAGGAUGAGACACCAGACCCAACAAUGCAGACGACCUAAAGGCCCCAAUCAAAGUAAGCGGAGUUCCUUAACCAAUCAGACUCAUCUCCUUGUCACGUGGUAUUCAUGCAGUAAAUCAUGCAAAAGGAGCCCCAACCAAGUAUUCAGUGCAUAUACUUUACAGUACAAGGAUAUACUUUUCAGUAGGCCAUCUUUUCUGAAUUAAAAUUCUUUUAAAAUGCUCUUAUGUAAUAUUCCGAUUUUCAUUAGAUGUAACCCAAAACUCAAAUAGAAACAAAUACUUGAAUUUUAUCUGUCUGCAAUUUGUGAUAUACAAGUUUCACUUGUUGAACUGAACUAAUAAAAUAUAUUUCCUUUUGAAGAAUAUUCACUGUUUUAGAGGCACCUGUACAUGAAAAAGAACCAGAGAAACAUUAGCACCAAUCAUUUUCUAAGCAUGUGUUAAUGGGUGGGAGAACAUUAAAAAGAACAAGACGACCCAGAAGACCCAUUGAAAGUGACAUUUAUUUAACACUAAAUGUUUUCUGUACAGUUACAUACCAAAACCCCAAAGUUUCAUCUCUACAUCACAUAACAAGCAUAACAGGUCUGUAAUCAAAGCCAUGGCAGAAGUAUGAAGUUAAUGAUU